CACAAGCUCUUUCAGUAUUAAAUAACUGUGAUUGCAAAAUGCAAAAAAUAAUCAUUUUGUGUGCUUUACUGCCAUUAUCAUGGUCAAAUCCCAACGUUACGCUUCUUAUCAAUCAAAUUAAUUCCCAACAAUCAUCAUGGACUGCCAGGAUUAACCCUUUUGACGACAUCGAGUCCCGCUUGGGAUUUUUGGGGAUUCACCCAGAUCCAAAUUUCCAACUAGAAGUUUUAGAGUGGGAAGAGCCCCGAACCGUAAUCCCUGCAACUUUCGAUGCUCGUGAAUAUUGGCCCCAAUGUAAAGACGUAAUCGGGAAUAUUCGCAAUCAGGGAAAAUGUGGCUCAUGUUGGGCGUUUGCUGCGGCCGAAGUCAUGUCAGACCGACUGUGCGUAGCAACGAACGGUUCAGUCAAAUUUGAAUUUUCGCCCGAAGAUCUUAUCAAUUGUUGCGAAACUUGUGGAAAGAAAUGUAAAGGGGGUUACUCAUACUACGCUUGGAAGUAUUAUACAUCGACAGGACUCGUAUCUGGGGGUGACUACAACACGUCAAGGGGAUGCCAACCCUACUCGAAGUCGAAUUUCAACGACGGUGUUUCACCUGAGUGUAGCAAAACUUGUCAAAACACCAAAUACCCCACAUCGUACCUCAAUGACAGACAUUUUGGUGAUGGCACUUAUUAUAUUCUCAAAAAUGUGACAACUAUCCAACAGGAAAUUUUACUGAGAGGGGGCCCAGUCAUGGCCGGCUUCGAUGUCUAUGAAGAUUUCAAAUUAUACCGAGAAGGUGUUUAUGUUCACACGUCUGGCGCUUUGCUUGGUAGCCAUGCGGUCAAAAUAAUUGGGUGGGGGACGGAGAAUGGAUGGGCCUAUUGGUUGGUUGCAAAUUCGUGGGGGAAAGACUGGGGCGCGUUAGGGGGUGUUUUCAAAAUCCGAAGAGGGACGAAUGAAUGUAAGAUUGAACAGUCGAUCAUAACCGGACAUGUGCGGAAAGAUGAGAAAAGCAGCACAAGCACUACUCCAGUGCCAGGUUCUGGAGUAAGGGUUGUAGGGUCCGGAGUUGGGGCUGUUCUCGCCAUGGUGCUGUUUUAUUUGUUGAAAUUUUAAUAAAAGUGAAGUGACCACAUUCGAUGAACCACUAUUUGGUCGUGUAGAAUUUUUUUAUUUUAUUUUGUAAUUAUGUUAUUCUACUUUUUUUAUAAAUAAAUUAUUAUUUUUACAAA